AUGAAGGAUUGGAUAGAUUUGAAGUUAUCGCAAGAUUUGUUCAUUGAUGAGAUCUAUGAGAGGGUUCAGAUAGCCGAAUACUACAGGAAAAACGAGUACGACAAAUGUGUCAAGAUACAAGCCUGGUUCCGUGGUAUCAAAGUCAGAGCUUAUUUGAAAUAUUUGAAUAGAUGUGCUCUGAAAAUUCAAAAAGUCUGGAAGGGUAGCCGGGAUAGGGAGAGAGUAACUGAAAUGAGAGUUAUCCAGAAAAUAUGGCGGGGAUAUUACUCAAGAAGAUGUAGAUUUAAUGUUGCCGAGAGGAAGAAAUACUUGAACGAGAUUCAACGUAAGAAUUCGCUUAUCAGACAGGAACAAUUUGAGAAAGCUCAGGAACUGGAGGAAAAGAUGAGGAUGAAGAUAGCGAGAGAUGACGUCAUACUGUUACAAAAUUACGUGGAAAAAAACCACUACCUCUUGUCAACCCAAUCAAUCCCUGGAGUAUACAACAACCCGUACAAAUUGGCACCGGAUUGCUUAGAAUUCAAAUUGAGAGAAGUGAGAGUUAGUCCGAAGUUCAGGCGCUACAAAGAAAGAGCCGUCAGCAACUUCGCGAUCUCAUCAACCAUGCCGUACCAACAGAAGUCACAACACUUGCCACCGAAACUUCAGGGUCCAUUUAAAUUGCCCCACCUGGUCCACCAGCAAAAAACAAAGCCACUGUCACUGUCUUUGAUAGCUGAAAGUGAAUACGACUCGGUCGAAAAGUGCCGGGAACGCAUGAAGAUUGACGAUAUGGUGAAGAGAAUUUGCGAUAGAGAUUUUAUUACGUAUGCCAAGCCAGAACCAGCCUGCAACAUACCAUCCAUAUUCCUUCCGCACGUGUCUGCUACUGAUAGGAUAGUUCGGAACUGUUUGACUAAGAAUUUUAAGCCUACCUUUCCGCCGAUAAAGUGA